AUGGCUAGUAUCGGCAUGAGUGCAAGUCUUGACUCUGUUCUGCACGUAGCGACACAGAUCGCUCAGCUGAGCUGCAUCUAUCCCUGCGAUGCCCAAGUCCCACAAAAGACGCAGAAGCAAUAUCUCCAGGAUGUAUCAGCUUUGAUAGAGGCGCUCGCUUGCAUGAAACAGACUGUUACCCUUGAGACGGAACUCUCCCGUCUUUCAGUUUCGCGCUUGCCCUCUUCAGACGAUGGCAUCCUGGCAGAGGGCUAUUGA